AGCCGGCGCCAUGGUGGAGAAGGAGGAGACCGGCGGCGGCAUCAGCGAGGAGGAGGCGGCGCAGUACGACCGGCAAAUCCGCCUCUGGGGGCUGGAGGCCCAGAAACGGCUUCGGGCCUCCCGGGUACUCCAGGUUGGCAUGAAAGGCCUUGGAGCGGAAAUUGCCAAGAACCUCAUCCUGGCGGGUGUGAAAGGACUGACCAUGCUGGAUCACGAACAGGUCUCUCCGGAAGACUCUGGAGCUCAGUUCCUGAUCCAGACUGGGUCUGUUGGCCGAAACAGGGCUGAAGCGUCCUUGGAGCGCGCCCAGAAUCUCAACCCCAUGGUGGAUGUGAAGGUGGACACAGAGAACAUAGAGAAGAAGCCGGAGUCGUUUUUCACUCAGUUUGAUGCUGUGUGUCUGACCUGCUGCUCCAGGGAUGUCAUCGUGAAAGUGGACCAGAUCUGUCACAAAAACAGCAUCAAGUUCUUCACAGGAGACGUUUUCGGCUACCACGGAUACACAUUUGCCAAUCUGGGAGAGCACGAGUUUGUAGAGGAGAAGACCAAAGCUGCCAAAGUUAGUCAAGGAGUUGAAGAUGGGCCUGAUACCAAGAGAGCCAAACUUGAUCCGUCAGAGACAACUAUGGUCAAAAAGAAGCUGGUCUUCUGCCCCAUGAAGGAAGCCCUGGAGGUGGACUGGCGCAGUGAGAAAGCCAAAGCAGCCCUGAAGCGCACCACGUCGGAUUACUUUCUCCUCCAAGUGCUCCUGAAGUUCCGCACGGAUAAAGGCCGAGACCCCGGCUCUGCCACCUACAGCGAGGACUCCGAGCUGCUGCUCCAGAUUCGGAACGACGUGCUGGAUGGCCUGGGUGUGAGUCCAGACCUGAUUCCUGAGGACUUUGUCAGGUACUGCUUCUCCGAGAUGGCCCCCGUGUGCGCUGUGGUUGGCGGGAUCUUGGCACAGGAGAUCGUGAAGGCCCUGUCUCAGCGGGACCCUCCGCACAACAACUUCUUCUUCUUCGACGGCAUGAAGGGGAGUGGGACCGUUGAGUGCCUCGGCCACCAGUGAUGUGGAGACAGACCUCCGGCCCGCCCCCCAGCCCGCCCCCCAGGGCAGCUUCACGGGAAAGGAAGCACCCUGCCAGCACAGGCCCUGUGCCUUCUGCUCACCUGCAGCUGCCGAGCCCCGGGCCUCUGCCCUGCUCUCCCCAGACCUGCCCGCUCCCCUGAGCACAGGUCACCUCAAAGCACCUCUCUGCCACCUCCUGGCCCGUGCCCCCUGGGCCCUGGGCUGAGGUCCCUGCCCGGAACCAGUGCACCUGUUGCUUAGGAGCCUCUCACUGCCUCCGUGGCCCCGUCCCUGCCUGAUGUCACAGGGCAAGCAGCGUGACUCAGGUGGGGAAUAGGGCCUGGCCUGGGCAGUGCGGGGCUCCAGCUGCAGAUUCAGACAGGUGCUUUUAGAGAGGGACCGGCCUGUGGGUGUCAGAUCCCGAAAAACAACAGGUGCCCUUGCUCUGGCGGCCUGGGGCUGGCCUUGGAUUAGUGGAAUCCAGCCUGGGCUUAGCUCAGGGGGUGUUGCCGAGCCCCGGCUCAGGGGAGCGCCCUCACUGCCACUCUAGAGUCUCCCUCCUGGCCGACCGUCCCUCGGUUCUCUGUUUACCCCGCAUUGUAGCUGUUUCCUGGAUAUUCCUCAGUUCUUUGUAGAGAAAUGACAAAAAUAAAGUCUUUUUGGUUUUGGA